CAAUUGUAGUAUUGCCUACGAUACAUUCUAUGUUCGAUUAGACAAGAGAGAAGUUAAAAAGCAAAUCAAAUCAGAAUUGUUACGCCACAUCGAUUUCUUCGCUCCCUUCGGUUCUAUUUUGUUUGCAAGUCACUUCUCCCGAUUCAGACUAUAAAAAGUCAAUCACUAACAAAGGAGACAACAAUGGAAUGCAAGAAAGCGUUUAACCUCUUAUUUUGCUUGUUAACCUUGUUUCUCACAAUCUCGAUAGCCAUGUCAGACAACCAGAAAUCAGAGGAGCAAGCGAAGGCCAGCAAUGAAGGCACCGUGCAAAUUGUGUACAUGGAAAGAACAUCUGACGAGGAUCCUGAAUCUACCCAUAUCCAAACUCUUGCUUCCGUUCUCGGAAGCGAAGAAGCAGCUAAGAGUGCGAUCCUCUAUAGCUACAAGCACACUGUGAAUGGAUUUUCUGCCAAGCUUACCCCAGAGCAAGUUGAUGCUCUUUCAAAAAUGCCUGGUGUUCUCCAGGUCAUGCCAAGUCAGAAAUUACAUCUCCAUAAAGGAGCAGGGCUUUCCUCUUUAUCAUGAAUUAUGACUUCAAUGGCAUCCGAAACUUUGUGCCUAGAAAAAUAAACAUCAGAUGCUAGCUCUGGAGUUUUGCAGCGUGUAUAUUCAUAUAUAAUUAUAUUACUUUAAUAUAAUGCUGGAGAAAUACUGCAAAUGCUUAUUUUCUUAAAAUUGUUUAUGUUUUUAAUAAUAUAUAUAUUUGAGUGAUGAA